AUGUCAGCUACUUUAAGCACAAUUUUAAGUCAUGGAGUAUUGAGAAUAAAUGCAAAUAUAGAAGCACUAACAACAGCAGAUUAUGAUAAAACAGAUCAAUCGACGGCAGCAUCAUGGUGGCAAUCACAUGUUGCUGUAACACCAGCACCAGAUACAAAUUAUUUUUCGGCAACACAUGGACUAGUCCAAACACAUCCAUCAUUAAGUGGUGGUAUACCACGUCCAAUACCAUUAACUGAUAAUAGUAUACAUACAUCAUCUAGUGGUAGUAGCAGCAGCAGCAGCAGCAGUAGUAGUAAUAGUAAUAAUAUAAUUGCAAAUUCUAGAAAAAGUUUAUCAAAUGGAAAAUUAGGUAGUGCAUUUGGAUCAACUGUUGUUAAUCCAAAUCCAAAAUCACCAUUUAGACAUUUAGAUUUUUCAACAUCUGCAACAGCUGAAUUAAGAAGAAAUCCAUUAUUAUCGGCACCAGAUGAAUGUGCAAGAGCAUGUCGUGAAGGUGAACCACCAAGAAUAUGUUAUUAUCAUUUUACAUUGGAAUAUUAUACAGUUUUAGGAGCUGCAUGUCAAGUUUGUACACCAAAUGCUACAAAUACUGUAUGGAGUCAUUGUCAAUGUGUUUUAGCUGAUGGUGUUGAACGUGGUAUUUUGACAGCAAAUCGUAUGAUACCUGGUCCAAGUAUACAAGUAUGUGAAAAUGAUAAAGUUGUUGUUGAUGUUGAAAAUCAUAUGGAAGGUAUGGAAGUAACAAUACAUUGGCAUGGUAUAUGGCAACGUGGUUCACAAUAUUAUGAUGGUGCACCAUUUAUAACACAAUGUCCUAUACAACAAGGCAAUACAUUUAGAUAUCAAUGGACUGGUAAUGCUGGUACACAUUUUUGGCAUUCACAUACUGGUUUACAAAAAAUUGAUGGUUUAUAUGGUAGUAUAGUUGUACGUCAGCCACCAUCAAGAGAUCCAAAUUCACAUUUAUAUGAUUUUGAUUUAACAACACAUAUUAUGUUAAUAAGUGAUUGGUUACAUGAAGAUGCUGCUGAACGUUAUCCAGGUCGUUUAGCUGUUAAUACCGGACAAGAUCCUGAAUCAGUAUUAAUAAAUGGUAAAGGACAAUUUAGAGAUCCAAAUACUGGUUUUAUGACAAAUACACCAUUGGAAAUAUUUACAAUAACACCUGGACGUAGAUAUCGUUUUCGUAUGAUAAAUGCAUUUGCAUCAGUAUGCCCAGCACAAGUAACAAUUGAAGGACAUAGUUUAACAGUUAUUGCAACUGAUGGUGAACCAGUACAUCCGGUUCAAGUUAAUACAAUAAUAUCGUUCUCAGGUGAACGUUAUGAUUUUGUAAUCACAGCCGAUCAACCAGUUGGUGCAUAUUGGAUUCAAGUAAGAGGUUUAGGUGAAUGUGGUAUUAGACGUACACAACAAUUGGCUAUUUUAAGAUAUGCUCGUGGACCAUAUCAACCUUCAUCACCAGCACCAACAUAUGAUGUUGGUAUACCACAGGGUGUGGUUAUGAAUCCUUUGGACGCACAAUGUAACCGACAACGUGACGAUGCUAUAUGUGUUAGUCAAUUGAAAAAUGCUCUUGAUAUUGAUCGUGGAAUUUUACAAGAAAAACCAGAUGUUAAAAUUUUCUUACCAUUCCGUUUCUUCUUAUAUCGUCCCGAAGAUUUAUUCUUGCCAAAUACCUAUAAUAGAUUUUUAGUUGCCCCAACCGGAGAUCAUGUAAUUUCAUUAAUUGAUGAAAUAUCAUAUUUAUCGGCUCCAGCACCAUUAACAUCACAAUAUGAUGAUAUUAGUCCUGAACAAUUUUGUAAUGGUGAUAAUAGACCAGCUGAUUGUGGUCCAAAUUGCAUGUGUACACAUAAAAUUGAUAUACCAUUGAAUGCAAUCGUUGAAAUUGUUUUAGUUGAUGAAGUUCAACAACCAAAUCUUAGUCAUCCAUUCCAUUUACAUGGUUAUGCAUUCAGUGUUGUUGGUAUUGGUAGAUCACCAGAUUCAAAUGUUAAAAAAAUUAAUUUAAAACAUGCAUUAGAUUUGGAUAGAAGAGGUCUUUUACAUAGACAAUAUAAUUUACCACCAUCAAAAGAUACAAUUGCUGUACCAAAUAAUGGUUAUGUAGUAUUAAGAUUUAGAGCUGAUAAUCCAGGUUUCUGGUUAUUCCAUUGUCAUUUCUUAUUCCAUAUUGUAAUUGGUAUGAAUUUAAUAUUACAAGUUGGUACUAAUGCUGAUUUACCACCAAUACCACCAGGUUUUCCAACAUGUGGUGAUCAUACACCACCCAUACCUAUAAAUUAAUUUGCACAAUAUUUUAUUUUAUAUAUUUAUUUAUACCUAUAUAAUAAUA